AGUGCCGUGUGUUGUUUUCAUUGAACUUCCGAGAGGUACUCUCAUUAGUUGUGUUGAAUUUAUCAGCUAUUUUUGUGUGAGCUUUCGGAUUGUUACAUAUGCGCUGACGGAAACUUUGGAAAAGACCGGCUUGUUUUUCUGAAUUCUUAAAUCACUAUGUUCGAGGUCUCCUUUUAUUUUUGGUUUUGCUUUGGUUUCCUUUCCUGAUCCUUUCAGAAGAGUGGAGGACUGUUUUCCCUUACGCGCGUAUACUUCUAGUGCCACAAGCUUCCGCAGAAUCAAUAACCGCAACGGAUACGGAUAUCAACACACAGGGACAAUGGCUGAUCAGCAACAGUACUUCCUCAAAUGGAAUGAUUUCCAAACUAAUAUGGUGACCUCGUUCCGACAUCUCCGCAAUGAGAAAAGCUUCACAGAUGUAACGCUGGCAUGCGAAGGACAAACGUGCAAGGCGCAUAAGAUGGUGUUAUCAGCAUGCAGUCCCUACUUCAAGUCUUUGCUGGAGGAAAACCCGUCGAAGCACCCUAUCAUCAUCCUGAAGGACGUGUCAUACAGUCAUCUGCAGGCGAUCCUAGAGUUCAUGUACGCCGGCGAGGUCAAUGUGUCCCAGGAACAGCUACCGACGUUCUUGAAAACCGCAGAUAGACUGAAAGUGAAAGGCCUCGCAGAAACACCGACGAAUAUCAAGCGAGAGGGCUAAUGAACCGGUGUUAUGUUGUGUUAUCCUAUUGUUCGUUUCUUUUAUGGCGGCAAGCACUUGUAGGAGAAACUUCCCCGAUGAAAACUGCUCGUAUACAUACACACCAAAUCCUCGUAGAGGCAGAACCUAAAUUGUGUGAUCCCCAAGCUCGAUUGCAAGUUAAUAUUCCGCGAAUGGGAGGAGGUGACUCCGCUGGUGCUACAACGCUACCAAUUGCAAAUAUUGUAAGGUAAAUAAUCUGGUAUCACACACAAUUGGUGAAAUUAACACAACAUACACAAAUGCAUACUAAACGAGAGAUAGAGAGCGUGCGACCGUGCAUAUAGUAAGAAUAUUAAAAUUUGACAUUAAUUAUACAACAGAAAAGUGAAAAAGAACAGUCAAUCUUUUCUACAUUUCUUCUUAGGUUUUUACUACCAAUAGUAACGUUCAAUUCCAAAACAAAAUAAAAUAUUGAAGAAAAGAGCAGUUGUUCUUUCUAAAUUUUAUUCAGUUGGUUGAUUAAUUAUAUAUAUACGAUGCACUUCCCCCAUACCCAUAAUUCCGUUUGGCAUCAAUAAUAAGGGUACUGCGUAGGCUAGCUGUUCCAAUAUACGGUUUGUGCAGCUUUAGGAAACUAGAUUACCUGGCACCAAUUUAUUGUUUGGCCCGAAAUACGCGUUUCUGGUAGUGUGUAAAUAUGAGGAGAUGUAUGAUGGUGGAAGAUAGUGCCGGUUAGGAAGUGCACAUUAAAAAAGUGGGAUGGUUCUGACCAUAAUGGAUAAUAAGAUGAAUAAGAAAAAAAAACAAACAGGCAUGAAGAGAGCCCGCGCAGUUAUAUACUAAAGAAAGGAUCAAUUUUAAAGUAAGAAAUAUACAUUACAUGCAAGUGAAAGAUUAUCUUCUCGAGUUUAAUAUUAUUCGUUUAACUGAUUGUGAAAUCGUCUAAUGAGGACGCGUCAAGCGAACUUAAUCAAAGCAUGAUUUACCCCCUAUUUUUCUAUCUAUCUCACCUUACCUUGGUUUAGUAUGUAUUGCUAUAUUAUUAUAUUUUUUUGUUAGCACAAUUGUAUUUCACGAGACAGUAAAUUUUGUAGGAAUUAAAUGAAAAGUAA